GGGGCUCUGGGGCAGACACCUUCCCUUCUCCGCGGCUGGAGUUCCCGGCGUCACUGAGCAUCUGCGCGCGGAUUUCCACAGUCUCGGUUCCGGUCCGCGAGUGCCUGGUAGCCGCGCACCACCUUCGCCCAGCGCCAUGGCCGCGGCCGGUGGGCCCGGAGCGGACAGACGCAGCCCUCUUCUCGGCCUCCUUUUGCUUCUGAUCGCAGGCCCUGCCCUGGGCUGGAACGACCCUAACAGAAUAUUGUUGCGGGAUAUACAAGCUCUUACCCUCCACUAUGAUCGCUAUACCACCUCCCGUAGGUUGAAUCCGAUUCCACAGCUGAGAUGUAUUGGAGGCACAGCUGGAUGUGAUACUUAUACUCCAAAAGUUAUACAGUGCCAGAACAAAGGCUGGGAUGGUUACGAUGUACAGUGGGAAUGUAAGACUGAUUUAGAUGUUGCAUACAAAUUUGGAAAAACUGUGGUGAGCUGUGAAGGCUAUGAAUCCUCUGAAGACCAGUAUGUACUAAGAGGCUCCUGUGGCUUGGAGUAUGACUUAGAUUACACGGAACUUGGCCUGAAGAAAUUGAGAGAGUCUGGCAAAAACAAUGGCUUUAACCCGUUCUCUGAUUAUUAUAAAAGUAAUUCCAGUGGCAUCAGUGGACUGAUUACCAUCGUGGUGCUACUUGCUAUUGCCUUUGGAGUUUAUAAGUUGUUCCUUGGUGGUGGUCAAGAUUCUCCUCCACCGUAUUCUGAGUCUCCUCCGUAUUCUCCCGGUUUUCAGGGAUUCACCAACUCAGCAGGACCCCCUCCCCCGGGCUUUAAGCCAGGGUUCACAGGAACGCCUGGUGCAACUUACGGUUUUGGCAGUGCUUUCACAGGACAACAAGGAAAUGCAAAUUCGGGACCAGGUUUCUGGACUGGCUUGGGAACUGGAGGAAUAUUAGGAUAUUUGUUUGGUAGCAAUAGGGCAACAACAACACCCUUUUCAGACUCAUGGUACCGCCCAUCUUAUCCCUCAUAUUUCGGCACAGGAAAUAGCCGUGCUUCCUCCCCGCAUUGUGGAGACUCCGGUAACUAUUCAGCAUGUUCAAGUUCACAGACAAAAACCAGAACAGCAUCAGGAUACGGCGGUACCAAAAGACGAUAAGAAAGUAAAAAGUUGAAGUCAAACACUGGACGCAAAAUUUCUGAUUUUUCAUCACUUUCUCUUAAAAAGUGCUACCAGCCAAUAACUGGGAAAGGGAAUAUUAAAACAUUCUGUGGUGUUUUGUCUUGUGUAGCUUUUUGUAUUUUAUCAUUUAGUGAAACUAAAGUUGAUAAUGUGACAAAAUACUUAUGUAGAAAAUUGUGUUAGUGUAACAUGCAGAUGUUUAUUAUAGUUUUUGAAAGUGAUGAUUACUGUAGAAUGCUAAAAAUGUAUUGUUUAAUUUCUAAAGACUGUGAUGCCAUGAGAAGCAUUAAGAAUGAAGGCUUUCUCGGCGUCAUGUCUUCGGUGCCGACGGUUGUCAGUCCGCCGGUUCUAUCCUCAAGCGCCGGGACACGGAAGAAAAAAAAAAAAAAAAAAAUGAAGGCUUUAUACCCGUGGUCGGCAAACUGCGGCUCACGAGCCACAUGUGGCUCUUUGGCCCCUUGAGUGUGGCUUUUCCACAAAAUACCACGUGUGGGCGCAUGUACAGUGUGAUUGAAACUUUGUGGCCCAUGCGCAGAAGUUGGUUUUCGGCCUGGACGAGUCUAUUUUGAAGAAGUACUGUUGAUAUUUGGCUCUGUUGACUAAUGAGUUUGUCGAUCACUGCUUUAUACCAAUAGACACUGAGUAAUUAAAAUUUCAAUCUGGUUUUUGUUCAUGGUUCAUAACCUCAUAGAAACAAUAAUAUAUUUGGUAUUCAGUAUUUGGUGUUUGCUCUUCUUCAAACAUUUAAAUCAAGCUUUGAACUACUAUCCUAACUUGUGGGAUUUGAACUAUUGUAGUUACUUGUGGGAGUUGAUCACUUUGAGCUCAGGAGCUUUGAAUCCUUCCAUGGUGGUGGGGUUUUGUUGAGAAUUACCUUUGUUAGGAAAAGGUAGGAAACAAAUAAGUAUCUACUAGAAGUUUGUUGUGAAUGAUUGUGUGCUGAUAAAGAUUCUUGAAAUCUCCUUAUUCAUUUCUCAAGAAGUAAAGUUCAAAUGCUUUAACCAAGGUCUUUAAUAGCCAGAGCAUGCAAUUCUGUGUGGAACCUCAAAUAUUGCUGUAGCAGUUUCAGUCUUACAUUAAAGUGACAAAAAUAAAAA